AUCUUUCCAGAGUAAUAAGCAUGGUUCGAGAGCGAAAAUGCAUGUUGUGUCACAUUGGGUACAACUCAAAAAAGGAGAUGGAAGAGCACAUGCGAAGCAUGCUUCACCACAGAGAACUUGAAAACCUGAAGGGAAGGGACAGCAACCAUGAAUGCCGGGUGUGCAGGGUGACAGUAGUGGGUUUGUCAGCAUACGCCAAGCACAUCUCCAGCCAGCUGCACAAAGACAAUGUUGAUGCCCAUGACAGAAAAGAGGAGGGGAAAGAAGAGGCAGAAGAAGAAUAUCUUGACAAAGAACUCGUUCAACUAAUCAAGCUAAGGAAGGAACAGGAUCGGUUUGGCAUAGAAAUGGUGCCUCUUGUUCAAAAUGAGCAAGAGGGUCUAGAACUUGGUGAAGAAUCUGAUCUGUCUACUCUGGAAGGAUUCCAGUGGGAAGGGAUUUCCUUAGCAGUGCCUGGGUCAGCCAGAAAGCGUAGCUUUUCUGAAAGUAGUGUCAUUGCAGACAGAAAUCCUGCUGCUUAUAGCUUCUUCAGUGAACAAGCCAAAAUAAAAGAAAGUGGGCAAAGGCAAAUAGUAGGAACCAGCCACUCAUGUCACAUAACCUCUGGGUAUGAGGCAAGCACUGGCGUUGAGGCUGACUUGAAACGGGACACAGCUUCUCUUCCUUUGCUACCAUUUAUGUCUGAAAGAAGUGAGCCAAGUGGAAGAAGACACAGUCUACAGGUCACCUCUGAGGUCACAGGCUUCAUGAAACCAGAUCAAGAGAGCCCAGAGAAGAGAACACCCCUUCUUGAGAAACAAAAUGUGCUAGAAAUCUCAGAAGAAACCUGUCCAGCUUUGAAUAAUGCUUCACUUCUUGCAGUGUCUAAUAACAUAGAUGCUGCUACAGACAGUAGCUGUACAUCUGGUACUGAGCAGAACGAUAGCCAAGGAAUAGGAAAGAAACGAAGGGCAACUGGAGAGGGAUCUUCUCCUGAAAUCCCUAGUCUAGAAAGAAAGAAUAAGAGAAGAAAGAUCAAAGGUAAAAAAGAACGUUCUCAGGUAGACCACUUGUUGGCGAUUUCGCUGAGGGAAGAGGAGUUAAGCAAGUCCCUGCAUAGUGUGGACAGCAGUCUCUUGCAGGCUAGGGCUACCCUGCAGGCUGCGUAUAUUGAAGUUCAACGGUUCCUUGUAUUAAAGCAACAGAUAACCAUGGAAAUGAGCACACUGAGAAGUCAGAGAAUCCAGAUCUUGCAGGGACUACAAGAAACAUACGAACCUUCUGAACUGUCAGAGCAACUUUCCUGCAGUGUCUUAAGUGAGAGAAGAAAUAGCAAAUCACCAGUGGCAGCUGACUUAACUCCUGCUGGCUCCUCCCUGCCUGUUUUGGACAAUUUGUCUUCUUCGAUACCUCCACUGGGAGCUUCCGUUCAUGUAAAUGUGUCAUCACCAUUCCAGUCUUCUAGCAUCACACCCACUGUUCCUCCUGACUCCUCAGUACAAGUUAAAUGUGAACCUGUGUCUCCAAAAGGCUCAGAAGAAAAUGUGAAUUCUGUACUUCAGAGCUCUCCGUGUGCUUCACGAGUGGAAGAGGUAGAGUGCAAGAACGAGGCCAACCAGAAGACAUCAGUGUAUCCAGUUAUCUCUGCAACCAUAUCCAUAUCAGAGCUGGCAGCUUAUUUCCAAAAUUCCAAUCAAGAUAUUCCCAAACCUGCUAAGAACAGGGGAAAGGCUAGGCUUCCUGAGGACUCUUCUCAUUCAGUGUCUGUUUUCAGCAAGAGAGAAGCAAAUGAUACAGUGACUGAAAGCUUUUCACAGGUUCAGCAUAGCCCUUCUUUUGUGAAGCAUUCAGCCCUUCUAGAAAUGCCAGUGGAUAAAACGCCCAAAUUGUCAGCAGAACCAUCCAAGCAACAGAUGGCAAGCACUGUAGUCCAAGCAGAAAAGGGGAACAGGAGGAGGAGAAGGUUAAGGAAGAAGAAAACUCUCAGAGCAGCCCACGUGCCAGAGAACAGUGAUACAGAACAGGAUAUAAUUGACUCUAAGCCUGUCCGAAAACUCAAAGGUGGGAAGGUUCCUAAAGGAGUAAAAGUUACCACAUCCACUCCUCCAAGACAGGAGAAAGGAACUACUGGUCAAACUGCAAGAAAUAAAGAUGAGAAUGACAGUGAUGUUUCUCUGGAGCUAGUGGAAGUUGCAGCACCUCAUUGUGAGGUGGUUGAUGUUGGUUCAUCAGAGUCAGGAGAUGAGAAACCAGACAGUCCAUCAAAGAGGGAUUCGCGCAGCUCUGUGGAUCAAGCAGUCCUAGAGGCAUCCUGCUCUGGUUAUGACGAAGUGAGCUCUACCAGUGAGAUUGGCACAAAUUAUGGGAAUGAUGGGAAAAGAAGUGUGGCUGAGACGCAGACUUCCAUAUCAUCACUAAGAGGAUCAAAGAACUCCUCAGAACUGUCAUCGGAGGCAGGUGAGGAUGAAGAACCUACAGAGGGAAGCUUUGAGGGACACCAGGCUGCAGUAAAUGCCAUUCAGAUUUUUGGGAAUUUGUUGUAUACCUGCUCAGCAGACAAAACUGUUUGUGCCUACAAUCUGGUUAGCAGGAAGUGUGUGGCCAUCUUUGAAGGACAUACUUCAAAAGUGAACUGCCUCCUGGUCACUCAGACAAAUGGGAAGAAUGCUGCACUCUACACUGGUUCAAGUGACCACACUAUCAACUGUUACAAUAUCAAGACCAAAGAGUGCAUGGAACACUUUAAAUUGGAAGAUCGAGUACUAUGUUUACACAGUCGAUGGCGGAUGCUUUAUGCUGGCCUUGCCAAUGGCAGCGUGGUUACUUUCAGCAUAAAGAACAACAAGCAGGUUGAUACCUUUGAAUGCCAUGGCCCUAGAGCAGUGAGCUGCUUAGCCACGGCUCAGGAAGGAGCACGCAAGUUGUUGGUAGUGGGCUCUUACGACUGCACCAUCAGUGUGCGGGAUGCGCGCAACGGGUUGCUGCUCAGAACUCUGGAAGGUCACAGCAAGACUAUACUCUGCAUGAAGGUUGUGAAUGAUCUGGUAUUCAGUGGCUCCAGUGAUCAGUCUGUCCAUGCUCACAACAUUCAUACUGGAGAGCUGGUACGGAUCUAUAAGGGCCAUAACCAUGCAGUAACAGUUGUGAACAUUCUUGGGAAAGUGAUGGUGACAGCAUGUCUGGAUAAAUUUGUUCGUGUUUAUGAACUACAGUCCCAUGACCGCUUGCAAGUCUACGGAGGCCACACAGAUAUGAUCAUGUGUAUGACCAUCCAUAAGAGCAUGAUCUACACUGGGUGCUAUGAUGGCAGUGUCAGAGCUGUGAGGCUUAAUCUAAUGCAGAAUUAUCGUUGCUGGUGGCAUGGAUGUUCACUGAUCUUUGGAGUUGUGGACCAUCUGAAACAGCAUUUGCUAACUGAUCACACCAACCCAAAUUUUCAGACCCUGAAAUGUCGUUGGAAGAAUUGUGAUGCUUUCUUUACUUCCAGAAAAGGGUCCAAACAGGAUGCUGUAGGACACAUUGAAAGACAUGCUGAGGAUGACAGCAGGAUUGACUCAUGAAGCUUUUCACCUCCCACAUUGGGAAGAAAUUUUAUGUCAGAAUUAUUCCAGACAACAUCAGUUUCUUACUCCAGUCUUUCCUCUUUCUUUCCCCACUUAGAAUGCAAAAUUGGAGUGGGGCUAGAAUGCCUUGCUACAGAGACUGCAGGUUGUGCUGCACUCUGUAGAAAUAUGGCUGGUCAGUUAAGACUUGACCUAAAUGGAAGAUUCUUGCAAGUUUUUAGUUCAGUGACAGAUAAGAAUAUUCCCUCCACUUGUCUGCCUUAGAUUCCUGUUGUUUGUUUGUUUCUUUGUCUUUAAGAAGCAUAGCCUGGGAGUCUUUGGCAAGUCCAGAGCAGUGCAGAGAACUUAAGUCUCAAUAGGUGCUGGCUUUUGCCAACUCAGCUUGAAGCCUGUGAAGUGUCUAAGACAGCUCUGUUUCUUAUGCUGGUCUAAUUUUUUUUUGGCCAAUGUUAAUAAAAUUCUGCAAACCAGAAUAUCAAAAAUUCUGAUAGUGUAACCUGAAUAUCCAGUGUACAUUUUGACUUCCUUCAUAAAAAGAAAAGGUAUUUUAUGGAGAACUGGAAUAAAUGAAAGUUUUUGUUAAUUGUAACUUAUUUUUUACCUUGAUUCCUUGUGUAAAAAUUGGUGUAACUG